UUGUGAUUCCAAAGAGCCCUUUACCUGCCUCCGAAGUAAACUCGGAGAAACCUAGCAUGCACAGUAGCACAAAGACUGUUUUGGGGCAUCAACAAGGGCAAAGGCGUCGCAAAACAGGGAAGAAGCGUGGUCGAACGACCAAAGCGCUAAUCCAUCACCCCAUGCCUACACCCUCCAAGUCAGUGGAGCCUUUGAAAUUCCCCAGAAAGAGAGGCCCCAAGCCUGGCAGUAAGAGGAAACCUAGGACAUUGCUGAACCCAGCACCCACCUCUCCAACAACCAGUACCCCAGAACCAGACACAAGCACUGUGCCCCAGGACGCUGCUACAAUCCCCAGCUCUGCCAUGCAGGCUCCCACAGUUUGUAUUUACUUGAACAAGAACGGCAGCACUGGGCCCCACCUAGACAAGAAGAAAGUUCAGCAGCUGCCAGACCAUUUUGGACCAGCUCGAGCUUCUGUUGUCCUGCAGCAAGCAGUACAGGCCUGCAUUGAUUGCGCUUAUCAUCAGAAAACAGUCUUCUCCUUCUUAAAACAAGGCCACGGGGGAGAGGUCAUCUCAGCUGUGUUUGAUCGGGAACAGCACACUCUGAACCUGCCAGCAGUAAACAGUAUCACCUACGUCCUCCGCUUCCUGGAGAAGCUCUGCCACAAUCUUCGCAGUGACAACCUCUUUGGGAACCAGCCUUUCACUCAGAACAGCCACAUGCAGCGCUCACACGAGUACGACCACGACAGGUAUCUACCAGACAGAAGCAGUUCGUUAGACGGCACUCUGCAGGGACCAGGCCGGGGUACAAAGCGAUAUUCCCAAGAUUCCCCUCCAUACAGUGCUCCUCUCUCCCCCAAGUUACCAAAGAAUGACCGUCACCCUUUGGAAG